CGCGCCUCUGAACAAACCCGAAAGCCCCCUCAUCACCAUUCCUCUUCCUGCCAUGGCGAUCCCCUUUACUCCUCCCCUCCCCUCCCACCACCACCACUGCCCCUCCCAACUACACCACACCGGCACCACCACCAAACGAGCAGCUCCAGGCUCUUGCUCAAGAAGGGGAGAAGAGGCGAGCCUUUAUUGGGAAGUUGCUGGAGGAGAGAAGGGGAGGAAGGAUGGGGCGCGGCAAGAUCGAGAUCAAGCGGAUCGAGAACUCCACCAACCGCCAGGUGACUUUCUCCAAGCGCCGCAACGGGAUCCUCAAGAAGGCGCGGGAGAUCAGCGUGCUCUGCGACGCCGAGGUCGGCGUCGUCAUCUUCUCCAGCGCCGGCAAGCUUUACGACUACUGCUCCCCCAAGACAUCGCUAUCAAAAAUCUUGGAGAAGUACCAGACCAACUCUGGAAAGAUACUGUGGGAUGAGAAGCACAAGAGCCUUAGUGCCGAGAUUGAUCGUAUAAAGAAAGAGAACGACACCAUGCAGAUUGAGCUCAGGCACCUUAAAGGUGAAGAUCUAAACUCACUGCAACCCAAAGACCUGAUCAUGAUUGAGGAGGCACUUGAUAAUGGACUGACGAACCAGAAUGAGAAACUGAUGGAGCACUGGGAAAGGCGUGUUGCAAACAAUAAGAUGAUGGAAGAUGAGAACAAAUUGCUGGCCUUUAAACUUCACCAGCAGGAUAUUGCACUGAGCGGCAGCAUGAGAGAGCUUGAGCUGGGUUAUCAUCCUGACCGGGACUUGGCGGCCCAGAUGCCAAUCACCUUCCGCGUGCAGCCCAGCCAUCCCAACUUGCAGGACAACAAUUAGACGGCUGGAAUACCCCCCAUUCCACUUGCCGUCUCAUUUGAAGAUUUCACACACCACCACUGGCUUGUAUGUCCUCUCAUGCGUUGCCAACUGUAUCUUUUCUUUCCAGUAUGUUUGGAUGAAUGUAUAAUGUGUGUCAGUCGAUCUUUAGCACACGUUCUCAGCUGGUCUAUCCUCCUUCAGGAUGGCGCCAGCAGCAGAACUGCAACGUGAGUAACUUGGUACUGUAUGACUGUGUAUUCACUGCAUCUGCCGGACAGUGAAUCUAUGCGCUACUAAAACAGUGGUGGACAAACCAUGAUGUAAUAUUUGUGUCGGAGUGUCAAUGACACGUAUUUGAGUUUUCACUAUAUGUUA